AUGGCCGCUGGAGCCGCAGUUCCGUCGUUGAUUAGGACUUUCAAGAAGCAUAUAAAAGAUCUUGAUGAGUUUGAUUUCACUUGUGAACAACGCAAAUCUGGAUUUUGGGCAGGUAUCAGAUUACAUAAUAAGGUCAAGGCAAUUCAGAAAGUCCGUCAAUUGUGGAUUGGCGAUUUGGAUAAUGACGAGGAUGAAGAAGAUGAUGACGAAUCAGGAUACGAACGGUAA